AUGUCGAUUCAAGAGGGAAAUAGACAGCGGAGUAUGCCCGCCACCGGACCGGGUGCAAGGUAUCGUCAGGGUAUCAUAGGCGCCGCUCUGGGUUCUGAUGGCACGCUUACAAAUGAAAGUGUUGGCGGACAAUCAAGGCAGUCAGCGCAAUAUGGAAAGAAAAGCUUUCUGGAUCCGCAUCUAUCUGUUCUCGAACUAUUAGACAGAGCUUGUGAGCUGCCAUCAGCAGGAGAAGAGGGAAGCUUUUCAAGGAACAUAGGACCUCCGCAAAGCGUCAAUAUGGAAAAAAGUACCAAUAGUAUAUCAGAAUCGUGGCAAGCCAUCCAACGGGGCGAUAAUUACAUAUCGGUAGUGCCAGAGAGAUGUCCUUCUCAAUCUACAGCAGCAGGAAUUUUGUCGUCCAGCGAUACGUCCGAGGAAGAGAUGGAAGCCGCAAUUUCACCUAGUAUUGAAGAGGUUCAGCAGAGCCAUCAGCAGCAACAGCAGUUGCGCUCUCUGAGUGAGUUCGGAUCGAUCCCACUGAAUGUUCCACUUUUCAUGCCAGAAGCUGAACUUGCAUACGCACGACAAGAUGACAGGGAUGACGAGACUAUAACUAAGAGCCUCACAUCGUCUUCCAAUUCUUUUGUUAUGCCAAAGCUAUCUUUAUCUCAAAAGUCUCAAAAGUUUCGAAUUCUCAUACUGGGUAGGCCUGGUUUAAAGUUUUAUCAGGGGAUACCAAAAAGAUAUCAAGGUUUAUUUGAAGUAUCCCGUUUCCAGAAUACUUCAGAUUUCAAGCAGUUUACCGGUGUCUUAGUCGUCUUUCAAGAAUUAAAAGAGAUGAUAUCUUUAUUAAGCAGAAUUUGUCAUAGUUCACCUGUUCGGCCGAUAAUUCCAAUAUGUCAGACUGGUCAGCGCCAACAAGUCAAAAACGUUUUAAAUUCAAUGUCCAAGAGCAAGCUAAUAUCACUGUUGUAUCCACCAGUUGUUGCAUCAAAUCACUCUGAUCUUAAUAAGAUGUACAAAUUUCUACAUGACUUGUCGAAAUCCCUAUCGGACAAUUCAGAAAAUGAAUACGAUGAGUCUGAUAUCCAAGAACAGGAAGCCAAAAAAUCGUUCAGUCGCAAGAGAAAAAAAUUGUCAUCAACCGGAAAGCAUAAUAAGGACGGUAAAGAUAUUGGCAAAGGUGAAAAAAUGAAUAGAUGGGUUGUAUGGGGUAUAUCACUUACUGUUGGUGUUGGCAUAGGAUAUUUCAUGUCUUACUUUGUUUCGUCUGCUUGGAUAUCCGUUACCACAAAGUCACUUAGUCAUAUGGAACAUUGUGUGGACGGGAAGAAUUUUGUAGUAUUUGAAGAUGCCUCACUCGAACUAAGCGAUCACCACUCAGAUACUGAUUACUCCUUUUCUCAUGUUUUAGGAAUCUUUAAAGAGACUGUUAAACAAUGGAAUGGAGCCUUUAAACAGUUUCUCAACAAGCAGAUAUCGAUCGUCGAGGAGUUGACUCAUUUCAACCGAGAUGAUUGGAACGAAGAAAACGCUAACAGAGUCUUAGCGCUAGGUUAUAUUUUGCUCUGA